GCGCCUACCCGCCUUAUCCUCUUUGCUCUUUGCAUUUUUAUUCCUUUGUCUCCUAAGUCAUAUAAUUCAGAUUCAAUUUGGGGAUUAGGGUUUGUGGAGUGCUUCGUUUUUGGUUUUGUUCGCCCUUUAACAAGAAAAAAAAGAAACAUCAAUCAAUUCCCUGCCAUGGAAGGAGACUUACUAGAUUGGGAGGUGCUCCACAACUCGGAUUCUGACUCUAAUUCUAUCCUGGUUAACUCGCCCCAGGUGAGGAAUCUUGAGGUAAUCGAAGGUGAUACUGGAGGGAUGAUUAGGUCUGAUUACUUUUCUCUUGAUAAUCAGAGUAUGUAUGCGAAGGAAGGGGAUGCGAGUGAAGAAGGCUCUAUUGAGUCAGAUAAUCCGAGUUGGAUUGAUCCCAAGCCGGAGACUCAGUUUAGGAGGAAUAAUUCGGGUGAUUUUUGGUCCGAUUCGGGUAGUGAUCGGUCAGAUGAUCGUAAAUUAAGUGAUUUCUCUUUGAAAAAAGACUUGGAGUCCGCUGAGAAUGAGGUUUGUUUACAAGGGAUUAGUAAAACGGAAGCUAGGGCUGACGAGUUGGGUACAUUUAAGCCUGAUGGUGCCGAACUUACUGAAUUGGAUAAGAUAAAGGAAUUAGAUUUUGGUGGGUUUGGCGAUAUUCAAGAUCAGGAUAAGGAUUUGAGCGAGUUGUGGCCUGAUUCUGGCGGAGAUGGUUUGGUUUCAAUGAAGUUUAAGGAUGUUGAUAAAGAUGCUGGCAUUGAUUUUGGUGGUUGUAUGGAAAAGGGAGCGGAGAUGGAGAAUUCAGGCGAGCUUGAUAAUAGGAAUACCUCAACUUUGGAUUUGGGAGUAGGACACGGUACUACUGCUGGUAAUGAAGGUUCUACCAUUGAUGAAAUGAAGUUAAGUGCGAAGUCAGUUAAUGAGGGGGAGAAGAAGAAGGUAGUAUGGUGGAAAGUUCCUUUCGAGCUCUUGAGAUACUGUGUUUUAAGGGUUAGCCCUGUUUGGUCCUUCUCUGUAGCGGCGGCCGUGAUGGGUUUUGUUAUAUUGGGACGUAGACUGUAUAAGAUGAAGCGGAAGAGCAGUAGCUUGCAGCUGAAGGUUACCAUGGAUGAUAAGAAGGUGUCGCAGUUUAUGACUCGUGCAGCUCGUCUGAACGAGGCUUUUUCAGUUGUAAGACGUGUCCCAAUUAUACGGCCUUCGCUUCCCACCGCUGGGGUGAAUACAUGGUCUGUGAUGAGUAUGAGAUGAAGGUGAUACUGUGUAAAAAGAAAAAAAAAAGACCAGGGAGGGUGCCCACAAGGUAAGCCAUAAUAUUAUGUUUGCUUUGCUCUGUUAAUGUAAGGAUGAUUGUUUUCAGUUUACUCUUUUGGUUAUGGGUUCUGAAAUUGUAUGUAAACUUCAGACUGUAAUUUGUUUCAGUCCCCUUUAUCUUGUAAAACCUGGACCAAUUAUCUUAUUAUAUUACUAAAUCUUUCUAUC